GACGUAUCGAUGUCGUAGGUGGGUCGUUUGAGUGGAAAACGACAGUAUUCCGAGUUCCUAACGCCAUCUAUGAAAUUGUUGCAAAGAUAGAAAAACCAGACAGACGGCCAUCUUGGGGUGCAAUACAAGUUGUGUUAUUGAGUACUACGCCUCCUGCUGUCAGUGUGAGAUGUCAAACUCCGACUCUUUGCUAUCCGUUCGAGCCAAUUGGUCAGAAGAUUAACCCAGUACGUGUAGGCCUGGUAGGACUUUGUAGUGAAGACUGUGAUGGAGCUCUGGUGUUCGAGUGGGAAAUGUAUGGGGUCAAUAACUCAACUGAAACUCAUUUACCUGAGGCUAGAGAAUACAUAGUGGGUGUGAAUGAGCAGAAAAUGGCCCUCAGCGACGAUUUCUUUAAAAUCUACUACCCGACGUAUGGAGAUUUCAUAGCCAAGCUAACAGUCACGAACGAGGAUGGAUAUGCGGGUAUAGCAGACUUGUUUCUUCAUAUCAAUAAACCACCAGAGGGCGGCACCUGCCAAGUGGAUAAUACUGAUGGAAAAGCUUUGAUAGACAGGUUUUUUGUCACGUGCAAGGAUUGGGAAGAUCCAGAAGGAACUGACGUGGAGCAUUUUGCUUUUUGGACAAUGAAUUUGGAUACAGGAGCCUUGUUGUUUCUAAUCUACGGCCCAGAAUCGAAGGCCUCACUGGUCCUGCCAUAUGGAGAUUUCCAGCUUGGAGUUGACAUUAAGGACAAAGAAGAAGCAGUACAGAGGAUAAAUAUUACCACUGUUUCU